CAACAUGGCGACUUUUGACAACGUGCUUGUUUCUUUGCUCAAUGAAAAUGGACAAUUCCAACCAGCAUUUGAAUCUCCACAAAAUUUAGAAGUAAAGUCUCACGCAGAAAGUCUUCUAUUAAGAUUCAGCAAUGAAGAGACAAAUUCAUCAUUAAAAGAGAUAAAAAUAGACAGUGAAACAGAAAACUGUCGACUUGGGAAGCAAUCUGUUAUGAUAACCAACAACCAGACCUCUUACUGUAUUAAAUUUACUAAUAUUCAUGCAUUGAAAUCUUUCCAACAUUAUUUAAAACAGUUACGAAAUGCCACAACGUCAGUGUUCACGGAUCGAACAGAUGAAGCAUCAGCUGUACAGUAUUUUCAGUUUUAUGGUUAUUUAUCACAGCAGCAAAAUAUGAUGCAAGAUUAUAUCAGAACAUCUACUUAUCAACAGGCAAUGCUUAGUAAUUUGACAGACUUUCAAGAUAAGAUUGUUCUGGAUGUCGGUGCAGGAUCAGGUAUUUUGUCUUUCUUUGCUGUUCAGUCAGGUGCUAAAAAAGUUUAUGCUAUUGAAGCCAGUAGUAUGGCUCAUCAUUGUGAGAUGCUGGUUAAACAUAAUAAUUUAGGUGAUCGUAUCAGUGUUAUUACGGGUAAAGUGGAAGAAGUUGAUGUGCCAGAAAAGGUUGAUAUAAUCAUAUCUGAACCUAUGGGUUAUAUGUUAUUUAAUGAAAGAAUGUUGGAGAGCUAUUUACAUGCUAAAAAGUGGUUAAAACCAGGAGGUAAAAUGUUUCCAACUCAAGGAGAUCUACAUAUAGCACCGUUCACAGAUGAAGCUCUUUAUAAUGAACAGUAUUCUAAAGCUAAUUUUUGGUACCAGGAAUCAUUUCAUGGUGUUGAUCUGACAACAUUAAGAACAGCUGCCCUCUCUGAAUAUUUUAAGCAACCUAUAGUUGAUACAUUUGAUGUACGGAUAUGUUUAGCAAAACCCUUCAAAUAUACAGUUGAUUUUCAAACAGCCGAUGAAACAGAACUACAUGUUAUUGACAUUCCUUUAACAUUUACUACAUUAAGUACAGGCAUGGUUCAUGGUCUCGCUUUCUGGUUUGAUGUAGGAUUUUUUGGGUCAAGCAAUAAUGUGUGGUUAUCAACAGCACCAACAGAACCAUUAACACAUUGGUAUCAAGUUAGAUGUUUGUUACAAACACCUGUAUUAGUUAAACAAGGACAAACAUUGACAGGUAGAUGUGUAUUACGAUGUAAUGCUAGACAAAGUUAUGAUGUAGAUAUAGAAGUAGUUAUACCAGGUACAAGUACGAAGUCUGUCAACACUCUAGACCUUAAAAAUCCAUUUUUCCGCUACACUGGUCAAACGCCACAACCACCACCUGGUUGUAAUAACCAGUCAGCAACAGAUAAUUAUUGGAAUGCUUACCCAGGCCAAUCUGUGAACUAUGCUAAUGGUUUUAUGAAUGGAGCAAUAGAUGCAACUCAGUUAUUAAAUCAAGGUGUUGUACCAACCAAUCUUAUAGCUGUCUCAACAGUUGCCCCAAUCAACCCAGGGAGUAUUCCCAGUGUUGGCCAUGCUGCAGUCUCCAAUAGUCACAGAACGUCCAUUGGUGGGGGCAUCAGUCCACUCAGCUUUUCUUCCCAGAGUGUUAUUACCGGUGGUACACAGCAUUAUCCUGUCAGUAAUCAGUUUAUGAUAGGAGAUUAUGUCAUGCCCGGCAACGUAGUCACACCUAAUCAGUACUGUAAAACAGAACCCGUGUAACAAAGAGACUUUUUAGAUACUUCAGAGGAUAAAUACUGAAUCAUAAAAAUGUUCUGUAUUGAGUUCAAAAACUUUUGAUCAAAUAGCGUUCAAUUCAGUAAUUGUGUAAAGAUAAUUACCUACUAUUUAUUUAAAGAUCAUCUUUUUUUUUCUUUCUAAAAUACUUUGCCAAUGCCAUUCAAAUUGAAGAUUUUUUUAUAAAACAUUAAGCAACAACAGCAAUUUCUUUAUUUCUAGCCUUAAUCAUGUAUAUUAUGCAAUGUAUUUGUUGAUCUAUUAAAUGAUAACCCAUGAGGUAUGAAUAAUUUGCCUCAAUUGUACAGAUUCAAUACACUUUCAUGUGCCAAAUAUUCUGCUUUUUGUUAAAAUGAACAUAUUCUUCAAAAUUUAAAAUAAUAAAACAAAUAAAAAAAAAAGGACAACGAAAAAGUAUAAGAGUAUCUCUGCCUUUUCAGGAAGUAGUGUAAAUUCUAGUUUGGAUUUAAUUAAUGUAAUAUUCCUGGUAGAAGAUAUUCACCUCCUUAAAGUUUUUUUUUUAGGGGAAGCUAAUGUUCGGAUCUAGAUAGGUUUAUGAGCCAAGUAACUUAUUUGUUUAAUUUAAAGAAUAAUAAUUUCCAUUCUAAUAAAAAAGCUGAACAUUGCAGAAUGAUUAAAAGUGUGUUGUUCUCUAUAAAGUGUCUACUUAAGUUUUUGAAUGGCAUGUGUUGUAAAUAAGGAAAUGCUCUCUCUACAUAGGGUUAUCAGGGAUUCGAAAUAAGAGUAGGGUACUUUACUACAGUUUUUAUGCUUCUAGAAAAGUAAUUCUCUCUAUAUUCAUUGCAUAUGUUUAUAUAGUCAUUUUCGUUCAUUAGAAGCGUGUCUUAUUCUGGUCUAACAGGGAUAGAUAAUGUGAAACAAUAUUUUCUGGUUAAAAGGUAUAUCCAGACUGUGUUAAUGAACAUAUGUGAGGGGCAAUUCCAAUUCAAAAACAGCUCACUGAUUAUUUGUAAUUCUGUUAUUUUUGCCUAACAAUUUAUAUCUAAUAAGGUUUUUGUCAAGGAAAGCUAAAAAUAUUUUUUAAACUGAUUAAAAUUUUUGUUCUAUCUCAUUUUGGUACAGUAACUAUAUGUAUUAAGGUCUACUUUUGGUGUGUUUACUCAUUGUAUUAUAUUGCAUUUUUAUUUACCAUAUUUUAUGUAGUGGCUGCUGGGGCGCUUAGAAAUAACUUGUGGGUUGUUUAUUACAUCUUUUGAAUAUGGUAAACAUCAUAUUUAAGUAUUUUAUAACAACACAUAAGACCUGUUAACAGUACAUUUCAUCCCUUUUAAAGACUUCACAACAAUAAUUGCAGGUGGAGCAAACUAUGAUCCUGUCUUCAUUAUCCCAGUCACUAGUCGGAGUAUGACAUUAAACCCCAUUUCAUUUCGAACUGUGGUGCAGACUUACUAUAAGGGCAACACACGCAGCUUUUUCUACAUCUAGCACAUACCUUAAAGUCAUAUUAAGGCCAGAAAAUGGUUUGUCUAUGUAACAAUUGCUGAGUGUUAUAGGAGUGGGCAGUUAUUACAUCGAAUACAGUAUCCUGUUUGAGCAGUUAGUUUAAUUUUUAUUGAAAUGGCAACAAAAUAUGAAAUAUAUCAGAGAAAAAACAAUUUUCAAUAUCUUCAGUACAGUUACAUUUAUUUUUUGCUUAUACAAUGCUAUUGCUGUACAAAAGUCCAGUAGAUACUGAUUGCACAAUAAUAUGCUUUUUAGAUUAGUUUCUACACAUUGUCAGUGGUCCAUAUAUUCUGUGAAUAUUAUCACUAUAUUUUGUAGGAUAUAUAAAUGUUGAUAUUUUAUAAUUGUAUAUAAAUUUAAAAUUGUCAUCCCUAUGAUAACUCAUCAAAAAAUUGUUAAAAUUAGACAAGCUAUCCAAAAAGAAAUAAAUAUGCAAUGCGUGUCUGUUCUUAAAUCUUUUUCAAUUAACCUAAAAAAAUGUUGUUACAAAAAGUUAAUAGCUUUGCUGAAGACAUACAGGUUUAAAUCAUUACAAUUUGUUAAUGUAUCCAAAAGUUUUGUUCUCAAAAUUGUAUUGUAAAUUAAAUGUACUACGUAUAUUAACAAUUACAUUGAUGUUUAUAUUCCUACAUUUCAUCAUUCAUUUUGUAUAUAAGCUUAGUAGAUAGCUAAUUUCUUGCUGGAUUAUUUGGGCUUUAUUGCAUUAUUAUAAAGGUUCCCCCCCCUCACUUUAUUGACUAACCACUUUAAAUAUAGAUACCAUAUGUAUAUAUUGUAGCUAGGAGUGUACAAACCGCUUUAAUUGUAGUUGUGAUUGUGAAAUAUUCAAAUUAUAUAGUCUAGAUUUCAACUAAACCAUUAUGUCAGUGUUUAUUUCUCCAUUAUAUAUAAAUACCAUUGCAGUCUAUACUGUCAGUGUCUACAUAUGUUCUUUGCAUUUUAGCAAAGCGUCCAGUGACUUUAUUAUGAUGAUUACUUUAAGAUCAUUUGAAAUAAAUUUACUUUAACAUAUUUAAA